AUGGAGCUAUGUGGACGCCAGAAGGUCGUCCAGCGCAAGAUGGUGCUGCUAGGCGACGGUGCUUGUGGCAAGACUUCCGCACUAAAUGUCUUUACAAGAGGGUGCGCAAUCCCUCCCCAGCCCUCCAACCCCUCCCUUAAGUCCCUUCCCGCGAUCCCAAAUCAGUUAGCUAACUUUGGCCUGUAUGACCACCUGGGCACAGAUUCUUCCCAACUGUCUAAAAACUAUGUCCACGAUAUCUUCGUCGAUAAUGUACAUAUGGAACUCUCGCUAUGGGACACAGCUGGACAAGAGGAAUUCGACCGAUUACGGGCAUUGUCCUACGAGGAUACCCAUGUCUUGAUGCUUUGUUUCAGUGUGGAUAGCAGCGAUUCAUUCGAGAACGUCGGGUCCAAAUGGAUUGCCGAGAUUAGCGAGAAUUGUCCCAACGUGCGAGUAGUGCUCACAGCACUGAAAUGCGAUUUGAGGAAAGAUGACGAAAUGAACGACAAUCCCAACGCGAUCACGUUUGAUCAAGGUUUAGCUAAGGCUAAGGAGAUUGGCGCGGUCAAAUAUCUGGAAUGCUCGGCUGUGCAAAAUCGGGGUAUUCGCGAGAGUUUCUAUGAAGCCGCCAAGGUUGCUUUGGAGGUCAAGCCUACAGGAGGUAGUGGCUCUGCAGGAUGCGUCAUGCUCUAA